AUACGAUGACUGCCCCAGCCACUUCCUCUUCAAGCAGUAUGCGUGUUUCCUAUGAUCUCGAUCUAACCGGCAUCGAUUUAACGACUCCUCCACCAACUAGAUCCAAAUCUAACACAGAACGAAAGRGCAAGAUGAAAACAUCUGAACCAAAAGCAAUYGAACCAUUUCCGAAGGAGUCUCGCGCUCGAAGGGGUGGGAAGAAAGCCGAUAUUGAAAAAGAAGAUACUAAUCGUGUCGUAGAAACUYUUSAACGGCGAAAAAGGAGUAGAGRGGCAGUAAAACAGGUUGAUCCCGUUCCUGUAUUCGAAAACACCCCCACGAAAAGACAACGAAGAAAGUCUGCAACCGAAGAACCCCCGUUCAUUGGCAACUCCACGUCAAAAAAGCAGAWAGUCAGAAAAGAUUCGCAACAAAAACAACCCCUUCCAUCGGCAACGGAUAAAACUCCAAAGGGAAGCAACACGAAGGGAAAACAAACAUCUGAAGUAACUCCAAGUGCUGAAAAUAUCUCAAGUAAUACAAAGAAUACAGAAGUAACAUCAUACUUACCAAUUCUGCUUUCUGCCACGGGAGCUGCAGGAUUUGCGGCCUUUCGCUCCCAGCUUGAAGCAARCAAGAGCGAGCGAGAGGGCCGACAAGAUAAAGGUGCCAAGACGAGAUCCAGCGUAAUAGGAACUCGAGCAGUAUCRGCUCCGAAAAAGAAGGCCUUUCCGCGAAGAGGAAUCUCAAACCCCACAACCAAGGGGGCUCGACCCGUCGUGGAAAAYGGAAGGAACAUAAAGGCAUCCCCAUCAAAAAAGAAGAUCUUUGGUGCUAAAAAGCAGUCAGGAAGUGCGAGUGUUGCAACAGUGRCACUUACAUCCAAGCCAUCAAGUGCAGAUGUUGCUAUCAACCCGAUUACAUUCGGAGGAGUUGCCGUUUUGGCCCUUGCAGCAGUUGUGACACUUUCAGCACCGCCGUCGAAGCCCCCAACCUCGCCAGCUUCACGUGAGAACACUCCGGUUAUUAUUGAAAAAGCAGCUAAGGAGAAAGUAAAAUUUGAAGCAAACGCGAACGAUAAAAGUUUGGUAAUAUCUGAGAAACAAAAAAGCGUAKCGAAAUCUACACCAGAAUUGACGAAAGAAGAGAACAACCCUCUAGAUCUUCAGAACGACCAAACUCCUGUUCUUGAAUCAGAAACCCAAAAUACAGCUACUUCACCUGCUACUUCACCWGCCUCUUCUAUUGCAACUAGCGAGAAAGUCACCAUGGCAUCUUUUGCUCCAAAACUGACCGCACCUGUCGUCACGGGAGGCGUCUUAGCAGUGUUUGCUUACGGCCAAGCCAUUCAGGAAUACAAUGAUAUCCAGAAGAAGAAAGAAGACGACGAGGGCAUUGAUGCUAGCGUAGGCGAUGGCAAAGACGUAGUGGCAGCAAAGGAUACCGACACUGACRCAAUCGUUGCCAACCGGACCAUUGAAGCAGAUACUGCAGACGAGGAUGAGKAGCCGAUCGACGACCAACAGGAAGAAGAGGGCGAAAGCGAUGAACAAGUAGGAUAGAAAGGAUAGUACGAAGAAAUUAAWCUGAUAGAGAUACUUGCCAGGACGGAGCUAUUUGGUGGAUUUUUACUUCAUGAUUACCUUGGCAGAGAUUUCAAUAAAAUCCUUAAACGAUG